AAGAAUUUGUGUUCAAAGUUAAUUAAACUUACGAUCUUAGUUUUAGUUUGAAAUUUAUUGAAAGUUCAUCUCAUUAUAUUCAAAUGAAAUUUGUUAUUUUUUUCACCAUCACUUUAAAAUUGUGUUUGCUUUUUAGUUUUAGUUAUAACUAAUUUCCAUUGAUUAGUUUUGUGAUUAACUUGGUGAUUCAGGAUUUAGUUGAUUCUCUAAUCUUUAUAUUUGUUUGUGACUUUUUGUUACUUUAAUUGUAACUGUGAUUUAAUAGUGUUUUCAUCCUUUCGAUUAAUGUUCAGUUGAAUUGUUCUGAAAUGGUGUCUGAAGAAAACUUUUUAAAUGUUGAUCGAGUUGAAAUCGAAAACGUUUAUUUGGAUAAUCGAUUUCGCUGUGAGGAAAAUGGUCUUGAUGAAUUAGUCCCUUUAGAGAAAUCUAAGAAGAAGAAGAAAUCGAAAAAGAAAGUAAAGGAGCAGAAUAAAGGUGAUUUAAUUGGAGGUUUAACCGAUGGUCGAGGUGAGAAUUUAGUUAUAUCAUCAGUUUCUACUGAAAGUCAACAAUCUAACGGAGAUUUGCUGUUGAUUAAGAAAAAGAAGAAAAAGAAAAAUACUAAUGGGAAACAGAAAAAAUUGAUAGAAGGUCAAGAAAAUGAUGAUCGAACUGACCAAAUCGUUGCUCCUUCUAUUCCGAUCAAUCAAUUAUUUCCUAAUGGUGAUUAUCCCAUCGGGGAAAUUAUGGAUUAUCCAAACGUAGAAAGUGAUAAUCGUACAGCGACUGAUCGACUUGGAAGUGCUGAAAAAAAGGCUUUGGAUUCUGCAAAUAUCGACAUGUACAAGGAACUGAGAGAAGCCGCUGAGGCUCAUAGACAAACUCGUAGAUUUAUGCAGCAAUUUAUCAAACCAGGAAUGAAGAUGAUAGAAAUUUGUGAAACAUUAGAGAGCAUCGCUCGAAAGUUGAUAAACGAAAAAGGUCUCGAAGCGGGAAUCGCAUUUCCAACUGGAUGUUCCCUGAAUAAUUGUGCCGCUCAUUACACACCAAACACUGGAGACAAUACAGUGUUCGAAUAUGAUGAUGUCUGUAAAAUCGAUAUUGGUACUCAUAUUAAUGGUCGAAUAAUUGACUCGGCGUUUACAAUGACCUUUAAUCCUAAAUACGAUAAGCUACUCGAAGCAGCUCGAGAGUCGACUAAUACAGGAAUCAAAGCUUCAGGCAUCGAUGUCCGUCUAUGUGAUAUUGGUGAACAAAUUCAGGAAGUGAUGGAAUCAUAUGAAGUUGAACUUGAUGGUAAAACUUUUCAAGUCAAACCGAUUCGCAAUUUGAGUGGACACUCAAUUCAACCUUAUCAUAUUCACGCAGACAAAACCGUUCCAAUUGUAGGAGGAACAGAAUACACGGCGAGAAUGGAGGAAGGUGAAGUUUAUGCAAUCGAAACGUUUGCAAGCACAGGUCGAGGAUAUGCUACUGCCGAUGAGGAGAUUUCUCAUUACAUGAAAAAUUACGAUGUUAUUCAUGCUCCAUUGAGAUCAACCCGGUCCAGGCAACUUCUCAACAUAAUCAAUCGAAACUUUGGUACAUUAAGUUUCUGUCGUCGUUGGUUGGACAGAUUAGGUCAAAGUAAAUAUCUGCUCGCUCUCAACGAUUUAUGUCAAAAAAAUAUUGUAUCUCCUUAUCCUCCUCUUUUCGAUACAAAGAAAAGCUAUUCAGCACAAUACGAACACACCAUCAUUUUAAGGCCAACAUGCAAAGAGAUCGUGAGCCGCGGGCAAGAUUAUUAAACUUGAAAAAAUAUUUUUACGCUUAUUGGAAUUAUCGAAAAGUCAUUAAAACUAAUUUUAUCUCCGUUGAUUACUUUGGUUGUAUAGAAUUGAUUGUAGAUUACUUUGGUUGUAUAUUGUAUAUGCAGAGAAUGAUCAUUUGAUCACAACCUGACCGGUCACUUAUCGACUCCAUAACUCGGUUCUGGCCUCAGGGUCAUAUACUGAUAUCCAUGCCUCAUUCAUGGUGAACAAACACUUGAGAAAUAUGUUAGAGUAUUCGUCAUUGUAGGUCGAUAAACAUGUUCACAGUUUACCAUGUUGUUUUCAGAUCUCGAGUUAACGAGUGAGAAAUGUUACCUACGAUUUUUUUAUACCCACAAGGCCCAUAACUGCAUACAUAUGUACAUGAACCGGCUGCAACUUGACCUGACUCAGGUCAUCACAAUAAAUAUGAUAAAA